CGCAUUCGCUUUGUUAAUUUUUGUAGUUGUUCAGUCGAGAGGUUCAUUGGUCGGGUGUGAUGUCUGUGCUUGAUCGUUGUGUGAUAUUUUCGAUUCUAAAGUCUUUAUAAAAUCUGUAAUUAUGGUGUAAAUUUGCAAUAAUUUCUGUUACAGUGCUCGCGUUCUUUUCGAUAUUUCAUUUUACGUGUAAAUGGUAGUUUAUUUUUGGAAAUUUCACGAUGUCAGAUAACGAUAAAUUGAACCACAACCCAGUUGUGAGAAUAGAUCAAGAUUCAGAAACGGAAUUACAAGCUUUGUUCGACUCGGUACUCAAGCCAGACGCUAAUAAACCUCUCACAGUGCCAUAUGCUAUGCGAAAGCUUCCAAAAUCAUUUUUCCAACCUCCGUCGACUGGUUCUAAAUCACCUUCGGUAUCUUCCAUAUCGCACAGUAGAGAGAAUUCAGGAGAUUCAGCAUUUGGAACGAUUACAACCAAUACGCCAGCAGGUCUGCAAAUUAAUCACUCCAGAGCCCAUAGUUCUCCGGCCUCUCUGCAACAAACGUACGCUUCCGCUCAACAGCAACAUCAGCAUCGACAUUUGAAACAAAGAAGUUAUGAUAUUUUGAUGGUAGAUGAACUAGGUCCAUUGCCUGAGGGAUGGGAGCAGGCUAGAACUGAAGAAGGACAAGUUUAUUUUUUAAAUCAUCAUACAAAAACGACCACAUGGGAAGAUCCUCGGAAAACUAACGCCAGCCAGCAAUACCGUAACUCCAUCACUGCAGCAAUAUCCUCGGCUUCUUCCAUCGGUGAUCUCCAUUCUCAUACUCAGCAAGGGGGUGGCAAUAGCAUCAAGACGUUAGUAUCACCGAAUAGUCGAGCUGGAAGCGGCACCGGCAGCAGUGGCACUUUGAGUCCUGUCGGAAACGAAUCGGCGUUAGGUCCAUUGCCUGAUGGUUGGGAACAGUCUAAAACUGAUGAGGGCGAAGUGUACUUCAUAAAUCAUUUAACUCGAACCACCUCUUGGUUUGAUCCUAGAAUACCCGUCCACUUGCAACGUGCACCAACUUCGGCAUUACCUCAAGCAAUCAAUUCGUGGAUGCAGCAGCCAUCCUCUCUAUCAUUACAAUCGCAAAUAACUCAACAAAAUCUCAGAUUACAAAAUUUGAAGAUAGAACGUGAUCGGUUGAAACUCAGGCAGCAAGAAAUACGACAGCAUGAAAAUAUAAUGAAUAGAACGCGAACCGAUCCGUUUUUAUCGGCUGCGGGGUUAAUGACAGCACCUGUUGAACAUUCUAGGCAAGAAUCAGCUGACAGCGGAUUAGGGUUGGGUAAUAAUUACUCAUUACCUCAUACUCCGGAAGAUUUUCUAGCUUCAAUUGACGAUAAUAUGGAUGGAGUUAGUGAAGGUGGUGCUGCUGAUCUAUCAGGUUUAGAUUCUCAAGACAUUUCAUCGCUCAGUGCUAACAUUGAUUCAACAGAUGACUUGGUACCUUCUUUACAGUUAGAGGAAGAAUUUACUAGUGAUAUGCUAAACGACGUGCAGACUUUAAUCAACAAUAAUCGGCCUGAUAACAUGCUUACAUGGUUGUGACGAUUCGGAUUAUCGGCAGCGGAAAAUGAAACCAAUGUAAAACAAUCAUGAGAACGAAAUUUUGCCAUUGGUGUUUCUGCUCGAAAUUUAUGUGACUCUUUCCGUGUAUAUUUUUGCAAAUUGAGUUUAUCGAACACUACAGAAACAAAAUACUUAUGUUUCUACUUGAAUUCCUCACAUGAAAGGUUCUCCUGAGUUUUUUCCCAGUGUCAUUGUUAAAAAAAUUACUCGUUGGUGAAGAACUUCAUCAAAUGAAAUAUUAUCUGAGUACCGAUACGUUACUUAACCUUUCUGGUUUCAUUUCAUAAAAAUAUUUUUUUAGAAAAUCUUCCUUUCGUUUUCCGUUGCAUCUUUGAUUUAAUCAAUAAAACCCCCAGUGAUCUGUACAAAUCCAACUCUUUUGUAUUCACGUGUAAAUAUAUGUAUCUUUUCAAUGUGAUAUAAGUUAAUGUAAGAUCUGUUUCAAGGAUACCUACCUAUUCAUUUUUUUUUAAUUUAAGAAAAAUAUCAUGGGAUAAUACUGUUUGAUAUUAUGUCUUAUGUCUUCCAUUAAUCAUGUAUGUGCUCAUUAGUACAAAACAAACGAAUACUUUCAAAACUUUUGAGGGAUUCUUGAACAAUUUGAGAGCUUACCUAACAGAAAAUGAUUGAAUCUGGGCAGAUCUGGACAUUUCAUGGAUCCAAUUUGACUUAACCAGACCUAAUCGGAUUUGGUUAAAUCAAAGCUUUGAUCAGAUUCGGAUUAGAUCUGAUCAGAUCCAAUUAAAUCUUGACGUAUCAUACUUAAAUUAGAUUUAUUCGGACCUGAUUAGAUCCAAUCAUUUUCUCCUGGGUGAUUUUUGAACUGAAGUACAUGAAACUUAUUUUUUAAGAGUGAAAUUUAUUACUCAUAUUUUGUGUGUUCUUUGCUUGUUAGUUUAUGUGACCUAACCUUUACAAUAGGUAACUACUAAUCCCGUCCAAUUUGAUGACACUAUUAUAGAUGUUGUUAGGUAUUGUUUUUUUUUUUUUUUGAGUUUUCUCAUUUAAUUUUUAUAAACGUUUUGAAGAUUUAAGUGUUA